UAUCUAAGGAUUAAAAAUUUAGGAUUAAGUGAUGAAGCAAAUUACAAAUGUGAAGUAACUUAUCAUCAUUCAACAUCAACAAUUAACCAUCAUCACAAUAAUAAUAACAUGAUCAACAACAAUCAUGAUAAUAUUAAUGGUAAAUUGUUAUCGUCAUCAUCAAUGCCAUCAACUGAUUGUCCAACUACAACAUACUCCAAAUUAUUUACAUUAGGAUCAACUGAUCAUCUUCGUCCACCCCGAAUAACUGAACAUCCCUCUGAUACCGUUGUGGGUCGAAAUGAACCAACCAAAUUAGAUUGUCGAGCUGAAGGUAAUCCUAAUCCAACAAUCGAAUGGUACAAAGACGGUAAAAAGAUUGGUAAACAUCAUAAUCGAAUGGUCCUACCUACAGGGUCUUUUUUCCUCCAUGUUAUUCACAAUAAAAAGGAUCCAGAUACUGGAACCUAUUGGUGUGUGGCUCGUAAUGAGAUCGGUAAAGCAACAAGUCGAAAUGCGACCUUAAACUAUGCAUGUAAGUUUCGAUAACUUUUCCAUUUUCUAAAUAAUAUAACAUGAGAAAUAUUCUGAUUCUAAACUGAACUUUUUCCACUCUUAUCAACACAUGAACUAAAUCUAAUUAAAUGAUUAGUUUAUCUCUUAA